AUGUUUCGAGUCGAGGCGCGCGCUGGUCCUGCUCGUCCUGCAGCUGGUGGUGAGCAGCGGAUGCACCUGUCCCUGAAGGCGGGUCUGCCAAGGUGCCCCCCAGGGCUGGGGGAUGAGUCUCAGCACCUGCAACUCCACCAGCUGCGCCGCUGCGCCUGGCAGAAGGACAGACGUCCUCCUCGGGAGCUCAGACUGAAGGAGAGGCCAGCAGCGCCCCUGUCCAAGCCCCAGGGGGGACCCGUGUCGCUAGCCAUCCUUCCUCAAGGCCGCGAGGCGAAGGAGCUGCAGAGCAAGGGCAUGGCGACCUCCGGCCCGCGCUGCUCAGGAACGGUGACUGCAGUCAACGACCCCUCCCCGGGCGCGGCCCUGCUCCCGCCCGUCUGUCGCCGCGAACCGGCCCGCCAGGCCCCUACGCGCCAGCCGGAGCCCCGGGACCCCCGCCUUCACGAGGCCCUUCCCCAGGCAGGGAUCCGGGCCCUGGUAGAAGGGACCCCGACGGCUGGCCCGCUCUCCUUCCACCGUGAGCACGGGGCGCGCGGGCGGCUGUCUGCGGCGGGGACGCGGGAGCCUCACUGCCCCGCGCGGCUGCGGCCUCCAGACCCGGGAGCCUCCAGGACCCGGAGCCGCGAACGUCCGUCGCCCACAAGCCCCCGGUGGCGGCGUCCGCAACAGCCCCGCGCGCGUGUGGUGCCAGGACGGCCGCGCGGCCGCAGCGCCCAGGGGCCGGCCGGGUCCGGGCUUCCGGCCGACCUUCCGCGCGCGCCGGCCACGGGGCAGACAGGCCACGCGGCGCCGGGCACGGACGCCUCCUUCCGCUACACGCGCGGUCUCCGCCCGCGCCUCCCCUCGAGCUGCGUGAGGGACCCCGCCGGGCGCUGGCCCCGCCGGCCCCGCCGGCCCAGCCCUAACCCGGCUCACGGCCCGGCGCCCCCAGCAAGCUCGGAACAGGCUCUGCGCGUCCGCGAACCCCGACGCGCACGGACCACGCGGGAGCCGAGGGGGAAGGGGCGGCGCGGCCGGGGGCUUCCUGUCCCUGACCCCGGGGGUCGCCGAGCCUCGCCGGACCCGCCUUCGUCCGGGCUGCAUCGUCGCACGUGCGGCUCAGCGACCCCCGCUCCAGCCGCGCCCCCCGCGCCGACGAGGAAGCCGCGGACCCUCAAGCAGACCAAAGGGAUCCGGGCCCUGGUAGAAGGGACCCCGACGGCUGGCCCGCUCUCCUUCCACCGUGAGCACGGGGCGCGCGGGCGGCUGUCUGCGGCGGGGACGCGGGAGCCUCACUGCCCCGCGCGGCUGCGGCCUCCAGACCCGGGAGCCUCCAGGACCCGGAGCCGCGAACGUCCGUCGCCCACAAGCCCCCGGUGGCGGCGUCCGCAACAGCCCCGCGCGCGUGUGGUGCCAGGACGGCCGCGCGGCCGCAGCGCCCAGGGGCCGGCCGGGUCCGGGCUUCCGGCCGACCUUCCGCGCGCGCCGGCCACGGGGCAGACAGGCCACGCGGCGCCGGGCACGGACGCCUCCUUCCGCUACACGCGCGGUCUCCGCCCGCGCCUCCCCUCGAGCUGCGUGAGGGACCCCGCCGGGCGCUGGCCCCGCCGGCCCCGCCGGCCCAGCCCUAACCCGGCUCACGGCCCGGCGCCCCCAGCAAGCUCGGAACAGGCUCUGCGCGUCCGCGAACCCCGACGCGCACGGACCACGCGGGAGCCGAGGGGGAAGGGGCGGCGCGGCCGGGGGCUUCCUGUCCCUGACCCCGGGGGUCGCCGAGCCUCGCCGGACCCGCCUUCGUCCGGGCUGCAUCGUCGCACGUGCGGCUCAGCGACCCCCGCUCCAGCCGCGCCCCCCGCGCCGACGAGGAAGCCGCGGACCCUCAAGCAGACACCCCGGAGCGCGGGGAACCCCGGAGCGCGGGGAACCCCGGAGCGCGGGGAACCCCGGAGCGCGGGGAGCACGUGA